UACAAUUGCAACUGUCAUCAUCCGGCAGCCAUAUUUUGUUUUCUUCGAUCGCCUUCUGGCACCAAUUUGGCUUUUAAUUUGUCGUUUUUCUUGUGUAAUCCCUCGAAUCCGGCGAAAUGUGGUAAUUAGUUAGGAAGAAAAGUGUUCGUCAAUUGUGUUUUGCGUGAAGUGGCGCCCCGGCCGAUGGUGGAAAAGGGUACAAACGCGAAUGGGGUUUCCCUUGGGAACUAGCACCCGCUGCUAGUUCGUCAGACGCCCGUGUGAAGAACGGAAGAACCUUCGCGAGUGUAACCUCCGGAGGGGCAUAAUCAAACCACCCCGGACGCUUUCCUUUUUUGCAAUUAGCUGAGCAGUAUCUGCUCGCCCGCGACGCUUCACAAAUGAAUAUGCGACCGUUGAAACGGCCCCGUCUGGGGCCGCCGGACGUUUACCCGCAGGAAGCCAAGCAACGCGAAGAUGAGUUAACGUCCACGCACGUUAAACAUGGUUUCGCGACCGAACACAAACUGUCCGAGGAGUUUGGCACCGCGCGCAAUUACAACGUUUCGGCAAGCAAGGUCGGUGCGUACUUUAACGCGAUCCUGGCGAAGAAGGAGGAACUGAUGACGCUCCCGGACUCGGGUCGGAAGAAGCAGCAAAUCAACCCGAAGGACAACUUUUGGCCGGUGACGGCGCGCAACAAAACGACGCUCGAUACGUGGUUCAAGGAUCUGGCCGGAACGAAACCGUUGAGCAGCUUGGCAAAGAAAGCUCCAUCUUUCAACAAGAAGGAGGAAAUAUUUGCCAUGCUGUGCGAAAACCAGGUCACGAUGCAGCGGGCAGCUUGGUUUAUUAAGCUCAGCUCGGCGUACACGGUGGCCGUCUCGGAGGCAAAGAUAAAGAAGCGCCAGAUGCCCGAUCCGGCCACCGAGUGGACGGGCACGAUGAUAAAGUUCAUGAAGGAUCUUAUACCGAAGCUGCACGAACACUAUCACCAGGGUCCACUGCAGGAGAAACCGUCCGCCGGCAGUACGGGAAGUUCGGGCGGAAUGGGCGGUGCCAGCGGUGGUGGCGGCGUCGGCGUCGGCGGCCUUGGAAUGGGUGCGGGGGCUGGAGGAACCAAUUCUUCAACCAUUCCGCCUCCAUUAUCCAGCCCGGCGGGCAGUAUGCAUAGUCCGGCCGGUGGCAACCCGGUCGGAGGAUCAAUGCACGGCCAGCAGCAACAGCAGCAGCAGCAGCAGCAGCAGCAACAACCGAUUUCCCCACAGGAAGAGCAAAGGAUAGCGCAGCGACAGUGGAACUACAGCACGCAGCUGUGCAAGUACAUGUACGAGGAAGGAUUGCUGGACAAGCAAGAGUUCCUAAACUGGAUUAUCGAUUUGCUGGAAAAGAUGAAGUCUUCCCCGAACGCGGACGAUGGUUUGCUGAGAAUUUAUCUUCCGCUGGCCAUGCAGUACCUGCACGAUAUCGUCCAAUCGGAGCGCUUCUGUCGCCGGUUAGCGUACGCCGUGUCGAAAAAGUUGGCCCAACUCAUAAAUCAGAUGGCCGAGAGCCAUAACAUCAAUUUGAGCUCGGCCGAUCCGGAUGGGAACGGAAAGCCGGCGUCCAGCGAGCUGGCCGAGAGCAAACAGGCCGACAAGCAGCAUGACAAACCACCCAAGGAAGGGCCGAACGGAUCGGCAGCUCCGCCUGCCGACUCGGGCCCUCCGAAGGUGAAUCCGUAUGAGAUGAUUUUCACCGAGUAUUCGCACUGCUCCCAUCACCGUGAUGUGGUGCAGCAGCUGUCGUCCAUUCUGCAGGUUAUAACGCUCGAAUGUCCGACUGCCCUGGUGUGGUGCGGGGUUGGUGAAACCCGCUCAUCGUCUGUGCUUUCCGGAAGUCCACUGGAUCAUCUACCGGUAGCACCAUCCGCGCUGCCGAUGCCAAACCGAUACGUAAAGUCGAACGAAGAUAUUCGCCGGCAGCUGUUCGAGGCGGAGGAAAGCAUUAAAGUGCGUUCGCGACAUGCCGAAUCGCGCUGGUGCAUCGACAAGUGGCAAACGGCUGCCGGCAAUGCUAGCCUCAAGAUACUGGCCACGCUGGAUGCGCUCGAUGGACACUGUUUCGAUCGGAUGGAUUCGAACAACUCGCUCGACUCGCUGUACUCGAAGAUAUUCCCUCCGUUUCAGGUGCAACAGAUUAAACCGGCCGAAAGCACGGCAGGAGCGGGUGGCAGUGGGCAGGGCAACGGUGCGUCUGGAGGUGUUAAUGCCCCUGAUGGGAAAGAUGCGGCCACGAAGCAGUUUGAAUAUAACGUUGAACAAGAUUCAUCGAUUGUGAAGAUUCUUUGCGAGUGGGCCGUUUCGUGGCAGCGCUGGGGAGAACACCGGGCGAUGGUAGUGGCCUGGCUGCUCGACAAACGGCAGAACGAAGUGCUGACCGCGCUGGAAAACGAUAGCUACACCAACAAUCUGAACAGCUCGGACGACAAAGACUCGGUGCUGUCGGGCAGCGGUUUGAACGGUGGCCAGCCCGUCUUUCAGCACAUACUGAUGAACUUCCUCGACCAUGACGCACCGGUCCUGGAGGAAGCGGGCGGCUCGCAGAACAAAUCUCAGUUUACAAAUCUCGUGCACCUGUUUAGCGAGCUUAUCCGACACGACGUGUUCUCGCACGAUGCGUACAUGUGUUGCUUGAUAUCGCGUGGCGAUCUGCUGACCGGGGCCGGCGGUAUGUUGUCACUCGAUAGCCACGGGAUCUGUAACGCGGGCCUCGGUACCGGGCCAAUUUCGAACAAACCGGCCACCAGCUCCUCGCCCAACAAUGGUGGCGGAAUGGAGGACGAUGUGUUGCAGACGGAUUUUAAGGCGAAGCUGGAAGAUUUGGACGAUUCGAACGUGGAUGACGAUCUGGACAAGCUGUUGCAGCACAUUAAGGAGGACCAGCAAAACUCGAUGGAUGCACCGGACAGUCCGAAGGAUCCGGAACAUGCCGCUCCCUCUGUCACUGGCUUAGGUAAAGCGGAGUCGUCCAGCCGCCACUUCCUGUACACGGAGCACUUCCCGCUCUGCCAGGACGAUCCCAUUUCCCAGCACGAUUGCAACCAGCGCUACAUCCUGCUGUACGGCGUGGGCAAAGAGCGGGACGAGAAGAAGCACGCGGUUAAGAAGAUGUCGAAGGAAAUCUGCAAACUGUUCUCGAAAAAGUUCAGCAUCGAUGUGGCCGAGGGUGGCAAGGUGAAGAAGCAUUCGCGCAGCGAGUUUAACUUCGAGUCGACCUCGAACAAGUGUCAGGCAAUGUCGUACUUUGACCAGCACGUCGUCACCUGGCAGUGUGCGGUGCAGGUGCAGGAGAUGCUGAAUGCGUUCGCCAUCGGCAACAGCAACUAUCUUCCGGUGCAGGAGCACGUGGCGUUCCUGUUCGAUCUGAUGGAGUCGGCGUUCAACAUUUACGGGCUGAUCGAUACGUGCAUUCAGAUUUUGCGCGAGCUGCCCGAGGUGGAGUUGCAGCUGAUUGGCAAAAGCUCGAUGGCGCUGGUGCGCAGCUACACGACCUCGCUCAGCCUGUACGUGGUGGGCGUGCUGCGACGGUACCACUGCUGCCUGUUGCUGUCCCAGGAGCAGACGACCGCGAUCUUCGAAGGGCUGUGUCGAAUUGUGAAGCACGUGAGCAAUCCGAGCGAUUGCAGUUCGGCCGAGCGCUGCAUUCUGGCUUAUCUGUACGAUCUGUAUUCGGCCUGUUCGUCGCUGAAAGCGCGCCCCCAGCAGGAACCAUUCCACAAUGCGUAUCCGAAGAUUAAGCAAGCACUGUACACGCCGCUACAGCCGACUCCCUCCGCGCACACGUACAAUCCGCAGUUUAUGAUCGACAUCAUCACCAAUCCGCGGCGCGGUGGCAAGAUCGAAAGCGCCUGGGCCAGACAGCUGAACGAGUCCGCCUCGAACCGGUACAGCUUUGUGUGUAACGCCGUGGUAGCGGUUACGCGCGACAUCGACAACGACUGUCUGAACGACAUCGCGGCGAUGUGUGCGGAGCUGACGGCGUGCUGCAACUCGCUCAGCACCGAAUGGCUCGGCGUGCUGAUUGCGCUGUGCGGCUCGAACCGUGAUGCCGGCUACUACGUGGACGUUCUGACGCAGGUGGACGUGCAGAACACGAACAUCCACAAUGCGCUGUCCGUGUUCACGAGCAUCCUGGUGGCGCGCCACUGCUUUUCGCUCGAGAACUUUGUUGCGCACGUGGCCCUCCCGUCACUGGUACAGGCCUGCAAGGGGCGGGGCGAAACGACGCCGGAAAUUGAAGCCGGCGCCCGACUGUCCUGCCAUCUGUUGCUGCGCCUGUUCAAAACCAUCGAAUGCCCACAGCCGGGGCUGUACUCCGUCAGCACCUCGCCCAACCCGAUCACGGUCGGUAACGCGCACAACAUCAAGCUGAGCUGCGAUCGACACCUGCUAGCGGCGGCACACAAAAACAUUGGCGUGGCGCCGGUGCUGGCCGUGCUGAAGGGUAUUCUCGUGGUGGGCGAUGCGACCGCCCACAAGGUGUCGUCGAUAUUCGGCACCGGGAAGCGCAGCGGGCUCAACACGCCGGUGCACCCGGGCAGCACGCCGAAGAGUAUGGCCGGGUCGGGCGAUCUGAGCCACAUACUGGGCACGAGCGACCUUUCCAUACUGGGGAAUCCGGACGAAUCGAUGCUGGACGUGUCGAUGAUCGAACUGGGGGAACUCUCUCCAACCGCCUCCGCUCGAUUAUACUCUAGCAGGCAACAGAACUCACAUCUUAAUCAGGAGAACGCGACAAGUCUGUCGGAUUUCGCGCAGCAUGUGCUCCGUCAGAUAUGCUCCCAGGAAUGGGUCCUGGAACGCUGCCUACAGCACGCGGAAGAACUGUGCCAGCACGGUAUGCUGAUCGAUAAUCUGCUGACCGCCAAGCAGGCGCAACGUUUGCUCCACAUGAUCUGCUACCCGGAGCACGAAUCCAAUCUGAUCGCCGAACUAGACCAGAAGGCGAUCAUUGUGCGCAUACUGGAAAAUCUGGAACAGUGGUCGUUGCGCAUAUCCUGGCUGGAUUUGCAGCUCAUGUUCAAGCAGACGAACUGCAGCUCGCCGGAUCUGUCCAACUGGUUGGAUAUGGUGGCGAGGGCCGCUAUCGACGUGUUUCGCGUCAACGAGUUCGUGCUGAGCAAUCCGGAGCACGUGAAGCAGGAGAAGAUCAAACCGUCCACCUGGCUGGUGGCACCGUUGGUUUCGAAGCUGCCGAGUGCGGUGCAGGGACGCAUUCUGAAAGUAUCGGGCCAGGUGCUGGAGAGCACGAGCAUGUUUAGCAAGCACAAGGAUGGCAGUGGGGGUAACAGUGGUGGCAGCAACAACAACAGCCACAACCACGGAGCGAACAGUAACAGCUCGGUCAGCUCGAACGGUAGCACGUUUGGGAGCAAAAAGUCUUCGCAGCUGAAUCAUCAACCGUUCCUGGGGUUGGUGCUGACCUGCCUCAAGGGGCAGGACGAGCAGAAGGAGGGUUUGCUGCAAUCGCUCUACUCGCAGCUAUCGCAAUUCUUGCAGAAUCGGGAUCAAAGUCUGGAAACCAUUGGAGGCAUUGAAGAUCCUUGCGGGUUUGAAAAGAUGCUUGAUGCGCUGCAACUGCGCUACUCGCUUGUUGGAGGACUGUUCGAUGCAAUCAUGAAAAAUGCCACCUCUACCACCGACUGGGCGAUACUGUUUGCGCAACUCAUCAGCCAGGGUGUGAUUGAUUUGAGCAACAAUUCGGAAUUGUUUACUACCACGCUCGACAUGUUGGCCACACUGAUCCAUUCAACGCUCGUGAGUGACAGUCAGACGGAGCGCGACGAGAACAAGAAGCUGUACACGAAUCUCAUGAAAAAACUGCGCAAGGAGCUUGGCGACAAGAACGGUCCCUCGAUCAAAUACGUCCGACAGCUGUUGCCACUGGCGAAGCAAACGUGCGAGGUACUGACGUGCGAUUCGGCCGGUUCGUCCACCGAUGCCAAGGGUAAUAAAAUUGCAAUUGACAGCAUCGAAAAGAAGAACGGUCUUCGGCUAGGCGAUAAGCAGCGUGUGAGCGUGUGGGAUCUGUUGGAAGGUCACAAGAAUCCCGCACCCCUGUCCUGGGCGUGGUUUGGAGCGGUGAAAAUCGAGCGCAAGCCUUUAGCGUACGAAGAAACGCAUCGGCUGCUAAAGUAUCACACGCACAGCCUGUACAAACCGAGCAGCUACUACUACGAACCGCUGCCCUUGCCGCCCGAGGAAGUAGAACCGCUGCCCGAUAAGCUUAAGGAUGACAUGAAAGCCGACACGCCUUCAUCGGACCAAUCGCCGGCGCCAAGUACCGGCUCGAAGAAGAGCAAAACGACGCGCAAAAGAAAACCGAAGGCUACGCCCGCCGCACAAGUGCAGCAAAGCCAACCGCAACAGCCGAUUAUGCCAGCGAUCGUACCGCAAACGGCUGCCGGACCUCAGCAACUGCAGCAAAUGCAACAGCAGCAGCAACAGCAGCAACAGAUGCAACAACAAACGCUGCAACAGCAGCAACACCUACAACAACAGCAACAGCAACAGUUACACCUGCAGCAGCAACAGGCACAACAGCAGCAGCACCUGCAGCAACAGCAACAGCUGCAACAGCUACAGCAACAGCAGCAGCUGCAGCAACAGCAGCAGCAGCAGCAAAAUCAGAUGAUGAUGCAGCAACAGCAGCAACCGAACAUUCCCCAGCAACAGCAAUCAGCGCUCCAACAGCAACAGCAGCAGCAGCUCGGCUCGCAGCAACCACAGCAACAGCAGGUUGCCAUGACACCGCAGCAAACGCUGCAGCAAAUGCAAAACAACAGCAUGGGAUCCAUGCAAAUGGGAGGACCGAUGAGCUCGAUGAACCAACAGCAUCUGCAGCAACAGUACGGCCAAGCCAACCCGGCCCAACUGGUCGGGCAGGGAAACAUCGGAGGAAUGCAGGCGGGCAUGGGUGGACUCGGCACCGGAAUGGGUGGUGGCAUGUUGGGCCAACAGCAACAGCAGCAGCAGCAGCAGCAGCAACAACCUCCCCAGCAACAGCAGCAACCACAGCAAGCUCAACAAGCACAGCAAGCACAGCAGCAAGCUCAGCAGCAGCAGCAGCAGCAACAGCAACAACAGCAGCAGCAACCUCAAGGCAAUCCAAAUAUGGGCUUCGUGGGCAACGUAAACCCUAUGGCGCAGUUGGCUCAACAGCAAGGCGGCAAUCAGCAGCAGUGGGGUGGUUACGGUUCCAUGCAGCAACAGCACCAACAGCAGCAGCAGCAGCAGCAACAGCAACAACAGCAACAACAGCCUCAACCACAAGCACAACAGCAGCAGCAGCAGCAGCAACAACAGCAAACGCCACAGCAAUCUCAGCAGGCAGCGCAACAGCAAGGCCCACAGCAAGGCCCCCAGCAAGGAUCACAACAAGGUCCUCAGACACAGCAGCAGCUGCAGCAGCAACAGCAGCAGCAACAAAUGUUCUACUCCAGCAUGGGUCAAGCAACGAUGAAUCGCUUCGAUCGGCCACAGUUGAACAACUCCAAGCAAGCACUCUCGAACAUGCUGCGCUCGAAGCUGCCCAUCAAUGCUGGCCACCCGGCCAGUUUCAUGCAGCAACAGCAGCAGCAGCAGCAGCAGCAGCAACAGCAACAGCAACAGCAGCAGCCGCAACGCAAUCCUCAGCAACAGUUUAUGCGUGGUCCACUGCGGGCCGGUAUGCCGGGCAAUCCGAUUGUCGGUGCACAGGCGGGCAUGGGUCCGAUGAAUCCGGCCAUGGCUGGUGCAAAUGCCGGCAUUGGGGCAACCGGGGGUGGUGCGGUAAUGGGGGCGCAGGGUAUGAAUCCUGGUGGCAUGAUGGGAGCUCAGCAGGCUGCCCAGGGCCAGCAGACGGCCGGUGGUAUCAUGAAUCAGAAUGCUCCGGCCAUGAUGAGCACUGCCGGGGGCUCGCUUAUGGGCCAAUCCGGUGGCAGUAUGAUACAGACGAGCAUGAUGAACCCGCAGCAAAACCCAACGCUCGUGGGGCAGGGCAUGGGCAGCGGCGGUGGCAUUGGCGGAGGAGCGGGCGGAAUGACCGGCAAUAGUGGCAUGGGCGGAAGUGCGACCGGAAUGGGCGGGAGUGGCAGUGGAAUGGUAACGUCGGGCGGAAUGGUCAGUACCGGCAUGGGUAGCGCCGGAAUCGGCAAUGCCGCACCGAUGGGUGGCGGACAGGGUGGUAUGGGCGGAAACAGUGGAAUGCCGAAUGCGGGCGGUAUGGGAAAUCCGGCCAUGGGCAACCCUGGCAUGGGCAUGCAGAAUAUGCAGCAAUCGGGCAGUAUGCAGGGAGGCAUGUUCCAGGGACAAAACGUACCGUACCAGAAUGUCAACCAGAACUAUCCCAACUACGGCAAUCAGGGCAUGGGACAGCAGGGUGGGCAGGGUGGCGGUAUGAUGGGAAAUUUCAAUCAGAUGGCCCAGCAACAGCGCAACACGCAGGCCGAGUUCCUGGCGCAACAGCGUGCAGCGGCAAUGGCGGCCGGCCGGGGUCAGUACGGGCAGCACGCACCGAACGUAACGAUGGGCAACAUGGGCGUGAAUCAGGGGGCCGUUCCACCGUACCCUCGGCAAGGUGGCAAACCGGGUGUAGGAGGUAAUAUGGCUCAAAACCAGCAACAGUUCCAGCAGCAACGGAUGCGCUUGAUAAUGCAGCAACAUUCAGGUAUGGGACAGGGCGGUAAUGCGCAAGGUAUGAUGCAGAAUCAAGGGCAGGGUAUGAGCACGCAGCAAACGCCCAAUCUGGUGGCUCAGCUGCAGCGCCAGAUGCCCAACCAGAGCAACAUGAUGGGCCAGCAAUAUCCUCAUCAGCCUCCGCAGUAUUAAGCUGGGGACCGCAAGCAACAGAACCAAGCGCGAAAGAGCAAACACAAUUGGGUGAAGAAAGACAACACACACAUCUUCAUACUAGUGCAUAUAUUUAUUACCACUGUGACUUGACGUUAAACAGACGCAUAUAUUUCUUAGUAACGGAAUAGAGACAUCGCAAUAAACUGAGUAAAAGUAACGAUA